GGUUCAGGUCCCGACCCCGAGCGGACCCCAUGGGGUUCGGCCCCGGGCCCGCCCGCCCCUGGCACACGGCCUCGGGGAGGCGGCGGGGCAGUGCCGGUACCCCCUCAGGCAUCUGGAAGGUUCCGGCUCGCCCGCCCUUCGCCGCCCCGACCCUCUAUAAAUGCGGGAGCCGGUGGCCGGUGCGCUCACAGGGGCGGCGCCGGGGCCAUGCUGGGGGUCUGGGUGCUGCUUUGGGGUUCCGUGGCCCUGGGCGGCCGGGCGGACACCGCCUUCCUCCGCCGCGCCCAUGACAGCUCCGGGCACUGCACCUACUCCUUCACGGUCGCCAGCCCCGUGGAGGCCGCCUGUCCCGAGGCUGCCGGUGGCGUGCCCGAGCUGCGAGCCGAGCUGGCCGCCCUCGCCGCCCGCCUGAGUCGGCUGGAGAGCCGGGAGCGAGGAGCGGGGGGCUCGGGGCCGCGGGGAGCCGAGCCGGGGGGCGCACGGGACCCCCAGCAAGUGGCCGCGGCCGCCCGCCUGGAGGCUGCGUACGGCGAGCUGCUGCGGGCCAAGUCCCGGCUGGAGGAGGAGAAGGGGCGGCUGGAGCGGGAGAAAGAGGAGCUGGGCAGGCGGCUGGAGAGCAGCGCCCAGGAGAUCACCCGGCUGCGGGCCGCCCGCUGCCCCCCCGGCAGAGAGGGGUCCGGCCGGGACACGCUGCGUGCCCCCGCCAAGGCGCCGCGCUGGGAGCCGCAGCCCCUCAGCUACCAGGAGCUGCAGUCGGAGAGGAGCGAGCUUCCCGUGUCCCGGCUGCUGGAGGAGACGGCGCUCGGCCGCCCGGGCAAGGAGGACUCAGGCUGCGGGCAGCUGGUGUGGGUGGGAGAGCCCGUGGUGUUCGGCCGGGCGGACUCCAUCGCGGGCAAGUACGGCGUGUGGAUGAAGGACCCCGAGCCCGUGCCGCCCUUCACGCGGGACAACACCUGGCGUGUGGACACCGUGGGCACCGAAGUGCGCCAGCUCUUCCAGUACGAGGAGGCCGAGCAGCUGGCCCGGGGCUACCCCGCCAAGGUGCACAUCCUGCCGCGGCCCCUGGAGAGCACGGGGGCCGUCAUCUACCGCGGCGGGCUCUUCUUCCAGCCCCGCCAUUCCCGCUCCGUGGCCCGCUACGACCUGCGGGGAGAGAGCAUCACGGCCGAGAGGGAGAUCCCCGGCGCCGGCUACCACGGCCAGUACCCCUACUCCUGGGGGGGCUACACCGACAUCGACCUGGCGGUGGAUGAGACGGGGCUCUGGGUCAUCUACAGCACUGAGAAGGCACGGGGAGCCAUCGUGCUCUCCAAGCUGGACCCCGAGACGCUGGAGAUCCGUCGGACCUGGGAGACCAACAUCCGCAAGAGAGGGGUGGCCAACGCCUUCCUCAUCUGCGGCACCCUCUACACCGUCAGCAGCUACUCGGCUCCCAACGCCACCGUCAACUUCGCCUACGACACCGCCACGGGCAGCAGCCGGGCCCUCAGCAUCCCCUUCGAGAACCGCUUCCGCUACCUCAGCAUGCUGGACUACAACCCUGCCGAGCGGCAGCUCUUCGCCUGGGACAGCUUCAACAUGGUCACCUACCCCGUCCGCCUGUCCCGGCCGUGAGCCGGGGCUGGCAGUGCCCCGUCUCUGCCCCCGGGACCCUGGUGCGUGCCUUGGCACCCCGCUUCCCUCCCGUUUCCCCCGACACAGCCUCGGGUGCUGCUGGGGGCCGCACGCUGCCCAGCCACAUCCCGUUGUGCUCAAGUGCAGCAGAGAGAGAUAAAGCGUUGCUCCAGAGCCUGGCAGAGCCAGGGAAAUGGCUCUCAUCAGCUUCGGUGGGUUUGGGAAGGGUCACAGCAAUACCCAGCCCUGAGCUGCUCCAGCACUCUCCCUGAGCACCCAGCCUGAAUUUGAGCAGGGAGAAUUCAGGCAUGGUGAGGGCUGGGCAGGACAGGUGGUAGAAGAGCUGUGCAGGAGGAUCCUGCCUUAAAAUAAACAUUUUUUUCCCUAGUUGUGGGCUGUGAUCCCCUCCAUGGGGUCAGGUUCUGUUGUUUCCAGGCUCCAGCCCUGCAGAGCUCUCAUGCAGAGAUCCCACAAGCUCCACUGGCAUCCCACACUCCCAGUGCCCAGGGCCAUCCUGGAGCUCAGCCACCUCCAAAAAUCAUCGAGUAGGCUGAAAAGCAGCAGAAAAUACAGACACACACAUUGCACAAGCCUUGUUUUAUUGAGAGGAAAAAAAUGCAGCCAAGAGAGCAGGGGUGAGGAGUGCUGGCAGGGCAUCCUGCAGCCGGAUGGCCUCUCGGUACCCAGCCCUUCCAGCCAUGUGCUUCAGCUUUACAUUCCAGGCCAGCAGCUCUCCCCACACCAAACCACGCUGUUUUAUCUAUUUAUGGUAGAAAGCUUGGAGGAGGAGGAGGCUUCUUUCUUCCUCUGGCAUUUGGGGCAGCAUCAAGCACAGUCCCCAGGGGCUGCACAGGGUCCUGGCCCAAUAAACAUUGCCCAGCACCACUGCUGCCUCACCAAGCCUGUUUUCCAGGGAGUGUGGUGGGCUGGUGCCCCUCUUGAUGCACCUACAGGCUGAAGGUGCUGGUGGGGGAACUGUAAAACUGAGAGCAGGAAAAUGCCACGUUUUGGAAGGCAGGAAUACACCAGGUACUGGAGCAGUGGAAAAGGACAGAGAACACAGUGGGACACUUGUGAUGAUCACCUGCAGCUCCAGGGAUUUUCAGUGAGAUGCUUCACCCCAUUGCUGUCCUCCCAACAUUAACACUGUUGUCUUAGGUGUAGCACUGUGUAUUUGUGUAUCACAAUGAAGCAUUUGGUUCAUCCAUCAUCCCCCACGCUUUAUUUUGGGAAAAUAUGCAAUGGUUGUAAAAAGUGAGAUGAUCUGUGGAAGAUAAGUUUGUUUAAGCUGCAGGGUGGGCAGCAGGUGGGAGCCCAGAAGAGGGAGGAGGCUGAAAGAUUCAUUCCUGCUCCAGGGCAGGCCCAGAGCCAGGCUGGGAAUCUCACCUGAGCCAGGGCUGGUGAAGGAUCCCCCUGGGUACUGCUGUCCCCAGGAUUUGCAGCAGGGCUCAGCCCAGGGGGGUCAGGAACUCAUCACCCUGUCACUGUCACACCCAGAGCUGGGAGCCCUGGAGAGAGCCAAGCAGGCAGCAGCCAGUGCCCAGCAAACCUGCCACCAAGGGUGGGAGAAAGGCAUUUCUGGCCCAAAACAGGACAGGAGGUGAGGCUGGAGUCCCCCUACACCCCACAGCUCCCCGGGGGUUUGAGCCAAGGCCCGGGAUGAAAGGCAGGGUUUGUGCAGAGCCCCGGGGAGCAGCAGCACCUCGGUGAGCCCAGACACCGAGGGCAGACAGCUCCCAGCCCUCCCCGCACAGGGGCCUUUCAGGCUGGCAAGUCCAUCUCUUAAUUGACUGAGAAAAUAAAGGAGGACAAGCCAAUGUACACAGGAUUUCCAGAAAGCUGGGCUGGAGCUGAACAGCGCUGAAUACACUGCUUUACUUAACAGGCUUUGGGAAAACAAGCCCUCCCUGCCCACAUCCCAGCAAGAAGCCAGCCUGAGCCCAGGGGGGUGCUGGAUCUGGCCCCAGUCACAUUUAACCCCCCUCUGGCUCUUGCCCUGGAGAAAAGUUACAACCUUUUCACAGCCUCAACAUUAUUAAGGAAAAGAAAUUGAAUUCCCUGAAGAAAAUUGUUCCCUGAUUUCUGGGAGGUUCAGCACAAUUAUUUCUGAUGACCAGAGUCCUAGAAAAGAGAUCACACACCAAAUCCCAUUCAAAUUAAAAAAAAGCAAGAGCUACUCCAGUGUAAAUAGCCAGGAGCAAGUUAUCUGAUUAAAUGUCAUGAAACAACUCCAUCAACCGGGGUCAAUGACUGAAAGCUCCACCUGGCCUCAAAGGCAGCUGGCGUGGUUUGGGGUUUUGGAGAGGCACACAUCAAACCUGGGUUAUUUGGAGGCACAUUUACUUUUAAUUAAACUUCUGCAGAAAAACUC